AUGCCGACGAGCAGAGCCGAGCUCCUGGCCAAGCAGAACAAGGCGAUUGCCAAGCUCAAGGUUCCGCCCAAGAAAAUCACCCACUCCGAGUGGAUCGCGUACCAGAUCGACCAGUACAUUUCAACGCGGAGAGGGCAGAUUGCCACCUUGUCGCUGCUAGGAGGACUGCUCAUUAUCAUUGGGGCGAUUUUUCUCAAGGCCGUGCAGGUGACGAAAGCGUUUGCGGAGACAGUGUGGGAAUCAUGGACGUACCUCGCUGACCCGGGAGCUCACACGGGCUUGACCAUAGAUGGUGUGCGCGUUAUUGGAGUGCUGACGACGUUGGUGGGCAUCUUGUACUUCUCCGUGAUCAUGGGUUUUGUGGUUGAUGGAAUCCGGGACAAGAUGGACAUGCUCAAGAAGGGCAAGUCCAAUGUUGCCGAAGAAAAGCACACCUUGCUGCUUGGCUGGUCGGACAAGUCCAUUUCACUGAUCCGACAAAUCUGCCUAGCGAAUGCCAGCGAGAACGGCGGAGUGAUCGUCGUCCUUGCCGAAAUCGACAAAGAGGAGCUGGAGGCGGAGCUCGAAUCACAAAUGAGGAAGGAGGAGUUGCGCGGGACGCGUGUAAUUUUCCGCACGGGAACGCCAUUGUUGUCCGUGGACUUGCUGAAAGUAUCCGCUCAUCGAGCGAGGAGUAUCAUUAUCAUGGCCAACUCAACAGGAGACGCAGACCGGUCCGACGCCGCGAUUCUCCGUACAGUCUUGAGUCUCAAGACACUCCCAGAGUUAUCAGGUCACAUUGUCGCUGAGUUACGUGAUAUUGACAACGAUCCACUGCUUCGGCUCGUUGGAGGGAAUGAUGUGGAAAUUCUGGUAUCUCAUGACGUGAUCGGUCGUCUAGUGCUAAUGUCUGCACGCUCGCCUGGUCUCGCUCGAGUGUAUUCAGCUCUGUUAGGGUUUGAAGGCAAUGAAUUCUACUUCAAGGAGUGGCCUGAGUGCGUCGGAGUCCCGUUUAUGGAACUGGCCGAACGUUUUCCCAACGCAACGCCACUCGGCGUAAAGCGGAAAAGUGGCGAAGUUUUUAUUUGUCCGAGCGCAAACAUGAGGGUGGAGGAAGGAGACCAGAUUUUAGUGUUAGCCGAAGACGACGACACGUACAAGGCGUGUCCCCCAGCAUCCGUUGAGGUUGGAAAGGUACCCGUUCCUCCUCCCAAGCCUCUGACAAGCGAGCGUAUUCUAAUGUGUGGGUGGCGUCGAGACAUUCGCGAUAUGAUUCAGUUGCUUGACGCUGUCGUUCGGCCAGGGACUGAGCUGCACAUGAUUUGUGAGGAGCCGAUCCACCUGCGCAACAAGAGUUUGCUCGACAGUGGCUUGGAUAUCACUACCCUCAGGCACUUGACGGUGGUACAUCACAUUGGGAAUACGGCUAUCCGCAGGCAGUUGGAGAAGUUACCGUGGAGCACGUUCACGUCGAUCAUGAUUUUGUCGGAUCAGUCACGAGAAUUGGACAUUAUGCACUCCGAUUCGCACUCACUGGCAUCAUUACUGCUAAUCCGUGACUUGCAAGCUCGCAGUCUGAAGCAAACCCAUGGCCAGUCGCCCGAAUCCGUUCCAGACUAUUGCAAAUGUAUCAGCGAAAUCCUCGACCCACGGACACAACGGACGAUCUCCACUAGCGCAACUAUUCUCAAACUUUCCGAGUUUAUCCAGUCGAAUGAGCUGGUCAGUUGCAUCCUAGCAAUGAUCUCCGAGAGUCGGGACGUGCGCGUAAUACUCGACGAAUUGUUAGGCCCCCACGGAGCGUAUUUCGAGGUAGAACCUUCGACUCGGUACUGUGAGAAGACCGAGAAGGUCUCCUUCUGGCAGUUGGCGAAGCGUGCCAUGACUCGAGGCGACAUUCUCUGCGGGUUUCAGGUUCGCGGCGAAGAGAGCACGGUACUAAACCCGGAAGGCAAAGACCAACCGCGAGUAUGGGGUAACGUCGAUAUGAUCGUGGUCCGCAAUGCCAAGACAACCAUAGCCACACGCAGAUCGUCGCUUGCUGCUGUGAAUGCCGAGGACUUUGAGCGCACGACCAAGAGCCGGCAGGUGAAGGACCAGAUCUCUCGUCAGCGGCUCCUGUCGGCAAUAAUUCAAGACGCCGACCACGGCGGGAAAACCUCCGGCAGCGAUACGGACCGGACGGCAAUUGUACGAGCACUGUCCACGUUUGCCGAGGAGGAAGAGACCGGCACCGGAGGCUUUGCCGCCCACCCGGCCUCGUUCACGUUCGGCCAGAAGCGGCAAACCAGCGUCCGUGGUCUCAUCGCUGCCGCUCGGAUGCUGGCCGACGCACUAGAACACGCCGAGAACAGCAAAAGUAUGGGCAGCGAGACGUGUGACGACGUCGAAGAAGCUGUGUUCGCGUUCAUAAGCACCGACAACACGUAA